GCCUCGACCACUGUAAACAGGAAGUGGGAGAUUUGUAGCCUUGGGUUGAAGAAGGCGGAGAAUUUCAGACAGCCUCCCUCAGCUCCUGCCGUUAGAGCCGCUCUCCUUCCUUCUCCACGUCUUCCUUCCGGCCCACAGGCGCUCUACCAGAGGCUUCCACUUCGGAGUGCUGAACCAUGGCCGAAUAUUCCUAUGUGAAAUCCACCAAACUCGUGCUCAAGGGCACGAAGGCUAAGAGUAAAAAGAAAAAGAACAAAGAUAAGAAGAGAAAACGAGAAGAAGAUGAGGAAGCCCAACUUGAUAUUGUGGGAAUCUGGUGGACUGUGUCCAACUUUGGAGAGAUUUCAGGAACCAUUGCCAUUGAAAUGGAUAAAGGAGCCUAUAUCCAUGCACUGGACAAUGGUCUGUUUACACUGGGAGCUCCACAUCGAGAAGUUGAUGAGGGCCCCAGUCCUCCAGAGCAGUUUACUGCUGUCAAAUUAUCUGAUUCCAGAAUUGCCUUGAAAUCUGGCUAUGGAAAAUAUCUUGGAAUAAACUCAGACGGGCUUGUUGUUGGGCGUUCAGAUGCAAUUGGGCCAAGAGAACAAUGGGAACCAGUUUUUCAAGACGGGAAAAUGGCUUUACUGGCCUCAAAUAGCUGCUUUAUUAGAUGUAAUGAAGCAGGCGAUAUAGAAGCAAAGAAUAAAACAGCAGGAGAAGAAGAAAUGAUAAAGAUUAGAUCCUGUGCUGAAAGAGAAACCAAGAAAAAAGAUGACAUCCCAGAAGAAGACAAAGGAAAUGUGAAGCAGUGUGAAAUCAACUAUGUAAAGAAAUUUCAGAGCUUUCAAGACCACAAACUUAAAAUAAGCAAAGAAGAUAGUAAAAUUCUUAAAAAGGCUCGGAAAGAUGGAUUUUUGCAUGAGACACUUCUGGACAGGAAGCUCGCUCCCCCGCUGCCGUGGACUCUCACUGUUGCUGUACUACCUCUUUUCCUCAGUCCAAGCUUGAUCAGUACUUGAUUUAGAGGAAGUUAGAAACUGUUAAGCUGAAUAAGUGGCUGAACCCGGAGAAUAUUAUGCCAAGUUAAAUAUGCCAUGUACAGAAGGACAAAUGAUACAUGAUGCCAUCACAUGAUGAAUAGAAAACAGUCAAGGUCAUAGAAGCAGAGUGGAAUGGUGGCUGACAGAGGUUGGAAAAAGUCGUCAAACAUUGGGGAAAGUAUUCAUCAAAGGUACAAAGUUCCAAUUGUAUACAAUAAACCUUGUCUGCUCUAAAUAAAAUAUUCAUAGUUAACAGUA